AUUUUGAGUGCAUUAAUUUAUCAGAUCCUUAAUCAGAAUGUACUUGAAGUUUUUCUUUUGUUGGUGGGGGCCUUUUUGUUGGUGGGGGCCCAUAGGCAGUGCCUAGUCUGCCUAUGCGUUAGUCCGGCACUGGACGUCAUAAAAGAGAAUGAAACGAGUUGUGCAAAUAUACCGUGCAUUACGUAUGUUGAAGCUCAGAUGUACUUCGAGUGCGAAAACGCUCACAUCACUCUUGUUUUAAUGAUGCUGGGACACUGGUUGCUGUGUGUGAUCGGGCUCGCGACAGCGGCGGCAAUGACGACGACGUCGAAGCCGCUGUCGAUUUUACUGGUUGAACCACUCCGAUCGACCAGCCAUCAUCUCUGGACGAUGACUUUCCUGAAGGCGCUGCUUCGUAGAGGUCAUCAUGUGCACAUCAUCAGCAUCCAGGAAACCAACAUCAAAGGUACACUCGCGCAGAACUUGACAUCGGACGUUUUCGAUAAUAUAAUGGACGAAAUAGAAACUUUCGAUGGUGAUAAAUACGAGCCAGCCGAAUGGGAAAAAUACAGUGUACUUUACUCUGUAUAUUUUACGUACAAAUGGAGCAAUUUUAUGUGUGAGAAAAUGAUAGAAAAUAAAGGAGCGAAGAGGCUUUUGGAGACCGUCAAGAAUGUCAAAUUCGAUGUCAUAGUUCAAGACAUCACGCUGUAUCAAUGUCUGUACGGAUUGUGGGAGGUUGCUAAAGGUGGACCACCCGUGGUGGGUUACGUUCCGUUCGGUGCCGCGCCCUGGAUCAAGCAUUACAUCGGCGGACCCAGUUAUCCGUCUGUUCGUCCGUAUGUGCACGCAGAUCUUGCAGGUGUACCCGUAGGUUUGUGGGAAAAGACGUGGAACACCUUCUACUACAUGAUGGACGAUCUUAUUCGACAGUAUCAUUAUUUGCCCAUUAAUCAACAGUUCGCUGAAAGAUACAUAGGUCACAAAAUCAGACCGCUGCAUGAAAUAGAAAAAAAUAUAAGUAUCGUAUUAAUUAACAGUCAUUCUCCGUUUGACAAUGCAAUUCCGUUACCUCCGAACGCCCUGGAAAUCGGAGGGAUGCACGCGCAGAUCGCACAGCCAAUUCCCGGCGAAGUUUCCGUGAUGUAUUCCGAAAAUAUACGCAAAUUUCUUGACGAGGCAGAUAAUGGAGUCGUUGUGAUAUCGCUGGGAACAAAUGUGGGAUGGAAAUCUUUUGGAAUGAAUAAAAUCAAAGAAGUUGCAACAGCUCUGUCGAAGCUGAAGCAACGAUUCCUUUGGAAACUGGACAUCGAGGUGCCGUUUCAAAUGCCGGACAAUGUAAUGAUUGUUAAAUGGAUGCCACAAGAUAAGAUAUUGACGCAUAAAAAUGUAAAGGCAAUCUGGACGCACGGUGGUCUUCUCAGCAUGCAGGAAGCUAUUUGGAAAGGUGUACCAGUCAUUGGAAUGCCUUUUUUUAUGGAUCAGAGGUUCAAUACCAAAACGUUAGUGUCUAAAGGCGCUGGUGUACGAUUGAAUGUCCAAAAUUUGUCCAUCCAAUCCAUAUUGAAUGUGCUGGAAGCUAUACUUUAUAACGAAAGUUAUGCAAGAAAUAUGAAAAAGUUAUCCAGUGAAUAUCGGGAUCGGGUAGUGCCACCGUUAGAUUUAGCGGUAUGGAGCAUCGAAUAUGCCGCUCGCAAUCCUCAUGGGAGUUUGGCAUCGCCUAUUAAAUUUCAAAGUAUCAUUGAACAGAACUUGAUCGAUGUUUACGCAAUUUUGUUCCUUACUUUUGUUGUAAUUUUAUUGAUCUUAUUUUUUGUGUUGAAAGUAUUGUAUAAAUUUUAUUAUAAUUACAUAUGGACCGCAUCUAAACUUAAAAGCAAACAAAGUUAAGCAAACCUAGUAGAUAUUAACAAUUAAUAAACAAUGAGAUAAGGAACUCAAUCACAUGUUUACAGAGAGAAUAGCAUUGUCAAUUUAAUGUAACUAUAUACAGAUUAAUAAAUACGUAUAUAUAUAUAUGUAUAUAUAUAUAUAUGUAUUAAUAUGUAUUAAUU